AUGUCGAGGGAUCCGUGGUUGCGUUCUGCCGAUCGAUUGAAGCCGUAUCUCGGGGUGCUCUUUCUUCAAUUGGGAUACGCUUUUAAUGGGAUUAUAGUCAAAUCUGCUUUGAACAAGGGUUUGAAUCCUUGCACGUUUUCGGUUUAUCGAAAUAUAGCUGCAGUCAUCGCUUUUGGCCCUUUCGCUCUUUAUUUCGAAAGGAAACUGCGACCUCAAAUGACAUUAUCCGUGUUCUUGAAGAUCAUGUUGCUUGCACAACUAGAGCCGGUUAUGGACCAAAUUUUGUAUUAUACUGGAAUGAAGUAUACGACCGUGACUUUUGCUAUAGCGAUGUGUAACAUUCUCCCGGCCUUGACGUUUUUCAUGGCGUGGAUCUUCAGGCUUGAGAAGGUGAACAUAAGGAGAUUGCAUAGCCAAGGGAAGAUCAUAGGAACUUUUGUGACUGUAGGUGGAGCCAUGGUCAUGACCCUUGUCAAUGGACCACCGAUCCCAUUGCCAUGGACCAACCUAAGCCGGGUGCACCACCCUCGAGCAUCUGAAGAACCCUCUCAAGCGGACCACCUCAAGGGUGCGAUCAUGAUCACUGCGGGUUGUUUCUUUUGGGCCAGCUUUUAUAUCCUUCAGGCAGUGACAUUGAAGAAAUACCCUGCUCAAUUGUCUCUUACAACCCUGAUAUGUACGAUGGGUGCUUUGCAAGGCACUGUGAUGACUCUUGUUAUUGAGAAGGGCAAAACAGGCAUUUGGUCUAUCAAAUGGGACACUAAACUAUUAGCUACACUUUAUAGUGGGAUAGUUCGAUCAGGGGCGAGCUACUAUAUUUCGGGUCUAGUGAUGAAGGAGAAAGGACCUUUUUUUGUGACGGCCUUCAAUCCGUUGGGAAUGGUGAUCGUUGUAAUCGUGAGCUCGUUUACUCUAGGUGAACAAAUGGACUUAGGAAGGGUUGUUGGAGCGAUUAUCAUCGUUAUUGGAUUAUACUUGAUCAUAUGGGGAAAGAGUAAAGAUAAGAGUUUGUCGGAUUCAAGAAACGAGGAGGUAGAAAUGCAUGAUGAUGAGGGGGCGAGGCCAAAUAAAAACGUUAUUAAAUCGGAGAUCGAAGAUGGAAUCGUUAAAGAAGAGGUUGACGGUGAAUAA